AUGCCGGACGCAUUCUUCCAAAAGAAGCGCAAGCGCAGCACCGCCGCAGCACCAGUGGCAUCCGCAUCCAGUCGCGCUGGUCCGUCCUCGCGCACCAAGCCUUCUCAACACAUGCGCAAGGGCGGCAAGCAUGCAGGCCGCGACGCUUCCUCGGGCGACGACGACGAUGAUGACGCAGUGCCGGGGGGUGGGAUCGACGACAUGGACCUCACGCACAGAUACGACCAUGUUGCCAACAGCGACGACGAGGCCGAGGCCGCAGAGACGCCAGCAGAGGCGCGCGUCCGCCUGGCAAACAUGUACCUCCAGGGCUUGUCCUCGUCGGGUGCAGCUGCGAGCAACGGGGGUGGAGGAGAUGACUUUUUCGAGUCUGACGAAGCGCCGGCGUUCGGAUUGGCAGAUGCAGCACAGGCCGACAGAGACAACAUCGCCGCUCGCCUGCAAAAGGACGUUGCGGAACAGAGCGGCCGCAUCCACCUCUUCCUCGCGAAUCGCAUUGUCGCUCCUCCCGCGACGCUCACCGACACCGACAACCUCACCACCACCAACAGCAGCAGUGACAGCGACAGAUCCGAGGAUAGCAGCAUCCUCGCCGUGCGCGGGCACAGACUGAGCGUCACCUGUGCCGUAGCCUCUUCGGACGCCAAGUGGCUCUUCACCGCCAGUAAGGACGGCAGCAUCAUCCGCUGGCGGUUGCGCGAUGGCAAGAUGAUGCGCAUCCUACCUAAGCGCUCCACGCACCUCGACGAGAACGGCGCACCGCUCCCGCCCAGCUCGACAAAUAAGAGCAAGACUUCCGGUGCGGCUCGGCGACGUGCGCGUCUCUCAUCGUCUUCCUCCUCCUCGGCCUCUUCUGCGUCGGACAAGGGCAAGAGUCGGGACUCCGCCUCGUAUCUUCCCGUCGGAGAGGGGCAGGGCCACACGGACGAGGUCUGGACGCUCUCGCUGUCCUCGGAUGGGCAGUACCUCGCGAGCGCGGGCAAAGACCGGCAGGUGUGUAUCUGGCGCACUGCCGCCGCCUCCGAGACGUUUGUCAAGACGCUCAUGGGCCACAAGGACGCAAUCACAGCCGUGGCGUUCCGCAGCGGCUCGCACGAGCUGUACACGGCGUCGCUGGAUCGCACACUCAAGCUGUACGACGUCGCGCAGCUGUCGUAUAUCGAGACACUGUUUGGCCACCAGGAGUCGGUGCUUUCCUUGUCGUGUUUGGCCGCCGAGACAGCCGUGUCUGCGGGCGGGCGCGAUCGCACCUGUCGGUACUGGAAGAUCCGCGAUGAGUCGCAGCUCGUGUUCCGCGCGGGGAUCAAGUCGAAAUUGCGCGAUGUGCUCGAAGGCGGCGAUCUAUCCAAACCGGACCAGUCGUCGCCGCUCGAAGCGAUGGAGGGCUCCGUCGAGGUAGUGGCGAUGCUCGACACACACCACUUUGUGUCGGGCGGGGAUAGCGGGAGCCUGUCGCUCUGGAACCUGGGCAAGAAGAAGCCGAUCUUCAGCAUUGGUGGUGCGCACGGCUUCGACGUGACACACAGCGAGAGCGAGGGCACGAUCCGCAAGCCGCGCUGGAUCACGGCGCUCGCCGCGCUGCCGUACAGCGAUCUGUUUGUGAGCGGUAGCUGGGACGGUAGCGUGCGCGUGUGGGGGAUCACCACCGCGGGCGGGAUGGUAAAAGGCUUCCGUGAGGUCAUGAGCGUGCCGGUGCACGGGUUGGUGAAUUCGCUCCAGGUUGUGCAGCCGCCGCUGGGCUCGCUGUCGCUCGGCGCCGACGGCGUCGUGUGCAGUUCCGCAGUACGCGAGCGCGAGUGGAAGCGCCGCCAUGGCCUGCAGUCCCCCUCGUCCACCCACCGGGUCCAAGAGACCGCCGAGGCCGGGACGAGACCGCUGUCCAGGCUCGAGAGGACUAAGCUGAACGCCCCGCCCAUCAUCGUCGCGGCCGUGGGCAAGGAGCACAAGUUCGGACGCUGGCUCGGCGUCAAGCAGGCCAAGAACGGCACACUGGUCAUCCCCCUAAGGCUCAAGUGCCAGGCCGACGACGCCAAGCGCGCCGCCAAGCGCGACUUCAGCUUGGUGUAG